AAGUUGACAUAAAUAAAUAUUAACAUAAAUUGAUAUAUAUCAAUUUUGCAACUGAACGGUUGCUAUAUCUAGGUCUGCCAACUUUCUACACUUCUAGUGGUAGCUAAGUUAAUGCUUUAAUGUGUAUUAUUCCAUCUUUUAUAAAUUUGAAUUAAAGUUAUUUUUCACACCACUACUACUUGCAAAAGAUUUGAAAGUUUAUAUAAAAAUACAAUUCAUUCUAACCUUCUUUUGGUAAGAAGACUAUUAAAGUGUUGUCAAAAUAAUCAAAAAUUCUGUAAGCUUCAGUUUUUAUUGUCUGCCACUCAAUAAAAUAUUAUUCAAUAUAGUUGACAUCUUUUGUGUGUAGCUUAGCAGAAAUAAUUUUAACUUAUUGCUUUUAUAUCCCUCAUUUGAUUAUUUAUAGAAGCUUAUGACUCAUAUUACAGGAGGUGAAAGUGCUCUAAUUGGCGCUGCAGCAUCAGUUAUGGGAUUAGGAAAUGAUUUAUUCGGAAGUGUAAGGCUACCUGCUCAUUUCACUGGAAUAUAUUCUCAUAAGCCAUCAAGAGGUUUGGUUCCGAAUGGAGGAUGUAUUAUAAAUCCAACUGAAGAAACCUCAAAAUUUCUCGAAACUGGACCAAUGUGCAGAUAUGUAGAAGACCUUGUACCGAUUAUGAAAAUUCUGGCUACGAACAGCACAGAGAAACGUGAGAUCGAGCGUAAAAUUGACCUUAAGAAGUUGAAAAUUUUUUAUCAAGUAAAUAUUGAUGACCCAACUCUUAUGAGAGUUGAUAAAGAAAUAGUGACUGCGAUAAAAACUGCCAUUGAUCAUUUCUUCACUGAGCAUGGCGUGGCAGCAGACGAAGUGAACGUAAAGUUGCUUAAGUUGACUAGUACAAUAAGUAUUCCUCUCCUAUUUUCUGAUGUUCCCAAUAUCAUACAGUAUGUAUCUCAGGGAAAAAUCAACAGUAUAAAUGGAAUACUAGAAUUAGUAAAAUUUGCUUUUGGUAAAACAAAAAUUUCGCUAGGAACUAUAAUUGCGUCAGGUUUUGAAAAAUAUCUUUCUGACAGGGAUAAAAUUCAUUUACAUAAGAAUUUACUUCAGAGAUUAGAAGAAGAUUUUGAGAACAUACUGGAUGAAAACUCUGUCUUCUUCUGUCCUACUCUUCCCUUUUCAGCACCUCGCCAUUAUGCGAUGGUAACAAACGUUUUAAACACAGCAUAUGUAGGAGUGUUUAACCUUCUUGGAUUUCCAGCCACUCAAUGUCCUCUUGGAUUAAAUCAUGCUGGUCUGCCACAUGGAAUGCAGAUAAUUGCCAGAAAAAACAAUGAUGCUCUUACUUUGGCUUGCGCAAAAGAACUCGAUAAAGUCUUUGGUGGAUGGAUUCCUCCAAGUUAACACGUUGAAUGCAAUGGGGGUCACCGGUGACCGGCACUGAGUUUGUUCGUAGAGCCACGGGGUUACCGGUGACCAGUGAAGCCAAGAUUAUUAGAAACACAUAAUUCGAGUAAAUUUUUAAUUUUUUUAUAUCAUUAUCGUUACUAAAUGGCUUGAAGAAAUUAAUGCAAUAUAGAACACACAAAAAUAGUUUUUAUUU